CAGAUUGCCGACCCGACCCGGACGGAUUUCGUCCUCCGACUCCAGCCCAGCCUCCAUCCACCGGUGGCGAGCUACCAGAGGCGUCCACACCAGCGGGGAGCGGCGAGGCUGACUGCGAAUUCCAGCGACGAAUAGCGAUCCGUGAAACUCCAGGAACCAACAGUCCCAACGGCUCAUAAACGACGACAAAGAGACGGCGAGGCUGUCCCUCUUUCCGGCGAGUAGGCUGCGAGAUCCGACCGGAGAUCGAGAAGACCUAGUGACGAGCAGAACUGAACCAGCAGGCCAGCAACAUUUCAGAUUGGGUUUAUGCAAUCAUGGAGGAUCCUUAUGAUAGUUCAUUCAUUGAAGAUCUUCAAGUGGAGCAUGAACUCUAAGCUCAAGUCUUCUCUCUUGACCCAACCAUAACUAAGCUUGAAUAUUCACUUAGGACUUUGAGUCUAUUCCCAUCCACCCAUCAAUUUCUUUAUCCUCACAAGCAUCUGAUCUCUUCCUUUACUCAAAGUGUCAUACCCUUUGUCUCACCUUUCACCUACCCCUCCUCAAACUAUUAACCCUCAAACCCUCGCGUAUUCCCCUCCUAAUGUUGAUGGGCAAUGCAUUGGUUGGCCUAAAGCUUAUCAUAUGCCUAAUCCUUAUAACCUUACCCCUUAUUGUCACUAUCCUCUCCAAACAUUAGUUUUCAACCUUCAUCAAAGUGGAGAGGUGGUGGGACCUAUGGAAGAGAAUACAUCGGUGGAGAAGUACCUGAAGAUUAUCAUUAAUAAAGGUUUGGAGUUGAUAGUGGUGGGUACUAUUCAAUCGGUGGGUAAGGAAGAGAGUGACAAUAAACUAGAGUCAGAGUUGGGAGGGAACAAAUUUGGUGUGACCAUGGAGGAGCUAAUUAAGGACGAGGUUGGGAUUGACAAUUCUAGCCGCGAGUCUCCUCUCUCAAGUCCUACCACGGGAGUGGAGGAUACUUGAGGAGUUUGUUUGAUGUGUUUGUAGUUCUCUUGAGACGAGCAUCACAGAAGUGAGCUUUUAUUUAAAGGAUUCUUUCCCGGUUUUGGAAGUGGAAAUCGGAGUGAUUUGCUUACUCCCUAGUUGAUACCCCUUUUCCUCUUAUUUCUUCGCAACUUGCAUUAUUGACAUUAAAUCUCUAACCUAGAC